GUCCAUGACGCACUUGAGCAGCCUCCUGUCGUGCCUACAUCGCCAUCAGUGCCACGUGUGGCUCGUCAGCUGCCUAUUCUGCCUCAGAUCUGUCACGGCCAGCGGCAUGCGGUCCGCCGCCUUUCUGCCCUUCACAUCGAUAUCCACCCUCCGCCGUUCCCACUCGCUCUAUGGGGACGGUAGCACACCUUUUGUUCACUUCAGGAAAGGCCUUCCCUUUCUCCGCCACUCAAACAGCCAACGAACCGGUGGCAUGUCCGUCGAGGACGAUGUCAGCAUCAGCCCACCGCAGCAGCGGCCGCCGACCUCCAUAACCACAGCGAGAAGCCCGUCGCUCGAGAAGGCCGCUGCUGAAGUGAGGGAGAGGAGGGAGGCGCCACAGUCGCAGAGUGCAUCUGUACCGUCUUCUUCCUCUGCGCCCCAACGAACUAUCGGCGAGUUUGCGCGUGAGGGGGGCGAAGUGCUGAGGGAUGCUGUCAACCUGGCACUCACAACAGGGUACGUACGGGUGGGGUGGCAACAAGUAGAAUGCAAUGGAUGCACCUUGCUGCCCUCCAUGUGUGUAUGUCAGUCUUCGUCCAGGCAUCUUCCGGACGAUCCAGGCGUCAACAGCAGCCGCUGCAACCGCUGUGGAAUUUGCUCAGGUGUGUUAACAGGAUGAACACUCAGUCAACCAAGCGGCACAAUGAUCCUGGUGGGGCGUGGUUUUUGCAGGACGUCAUCAACCAGAUGCCCUCGUCAUCGUCCGCAGCAUCUGCGUCCACUACAGCACGGCCAGCCGACACAUCCAGGGGUGCCGCUGAGGCCAUCCUCAGCUCACAGGCCCUGUCGGUGGCUCUCGCAUCCACGCCAAAGGCAUUGAGGAAGCUCUUCGAGGCAACCAACCAUGCCAUUCACUCACACUCAUGCAUGACACGCACACUCAGGAUGCUAUGCGGGCGUGUGCUGUGUGUCUGUAGCGGCUGGGAGCGACGUACGUGAAGCUGGGCCAGUUCAUCGCCAGCUCUCCCUCCCUCUUCCCUGCUGAGUAUGUGCUGGAGUUCCAGAAGGUAAACUAACUACACAUGUGUCGUGUGGGUGGGGCCCGUUGGGAAGAGACUGACCUCUCCGCCGUUUCCACCCACUGUCGUGUGUGUGUGAUGUGCUUUGUGCCCAUCCUCAACAGUGUCUGGACCAAACUCCGCCAACGGGAUGGGCGGACAUCAGCCGCACCAUACAGGCAGAACUGGGCCGGCCGAUGAAUGAGGUUUUCGAGUCCGUGAAUCCCACACCACUAGCAUCAGCGUCCAUCGCACAGGUGAGUGACAGACAGACAGUGUAUCCAAGUGGGCAAGGUGUUGUUGUUCCAACAUACGUGCAUCGCUAACUGUUGUGUCGGCUCGGGUAUGUUCAGGUCCACAGUGCCCGGUUGCGUACGGGAGAGGAGGUUGUCAUCAAAGUCCAAAAACCCGAAGUCAGCAGGCCAGAGAUAACAAACACCUUUCCGCCCACCCCUCCCUCUCUCCCUCUCUCCCUGCCUCCCUGCCUGCACGUGUGUGUCAGGUGGAGAGCAUCCUCAAAGCAGACUUGGCAUUCGUCCUCAUAUCCACCCGUAAGUCAAGCCAGGAGAACGACAUAUAUACACGGGCUCCAUGCAUGGGCAGGCGCGCGUGUGAAUGCAUCUGUGUCUGCACUGCGUUGUCUGUCUGUCUGUCUGUCUACAGGGGUGCUUCAGUGGUUGAAUCCCGAGCUGACCCGCAUAUCGCUGGCUGAGGGGGCCCGCAACAUACGCGACUCGAUGCUCGAGGAGCUCGACUUCGUCAAGGAGGCUGACAACAUCGAACAAUUCAGCGCCUUCCUAUCGGUAACAGAUUUAGACAGCCACCUCCCCUAGCCACUGGCAUGUCCGUCCCUUCGUGUGUCCCGUUGACCAGAGGAGUGGCUUGGAUGACAUGGCGACCGUGCCAAAGGUGUUCCGGCGUUUCAGCAGCCGCAAGGUGCUGGUCAUGGAGCGGCUGCGAGGGGUGCCCUUCUCUGAUGUCGAUGCCGUGCGGCGCAUCACCGACAAUCCUGAGCAAGCUCUAAUCAACGCCAUCAACACCUGGUCGCUCUCACUCGUCAUGAACGACUUCUUCCACGCCGAUGUCCACGCGGUCCGUACUUGACGAAAGGAGGCGGGGGGGUGCACACAUUCACACGUGUCUGGACGCAGGCUCCUUCCUUGACGUGUGUGUUGCUGUGCUGUGCUGCAGGGGAACCUUUUGCUGCUGGAUGACGGCCGCGUCGGCUUCAUCGAUUUUGGCAUUGUGGGUAGGAUCAGCAAGAGCACGUGGAGGUCUGUCCAGAAACUCACGGCAUGUGCCGCCAUGCAAGACUACAAGGUGAGCGAGGAGGGCAUCCAUCGAUGGAUCGAUGGAUCGACCCACACACACAGACGGCACGGCUGGUGUAGUGCAUGCCACGGUUGACCACCUGGCGCGGCGAGUGCAUUUGGGUCGUUUCUGUGUGUGUCAUUGAUCGAUCAGGGGAUGGCGUCUGCUCUGGUGAGCAUGGGGGCGGCAUCGAGGCAAGUGGACGUCGACCAAUUCGGUCAGUCGGUCAGACUGACAGACACACAACGCACCGCACGGACGGGCUUGAUGCUAUGUGGGGCAACCAACCGUCUGUGUGCUGGAUCUGUAGGUCUUCAGCUCAAGGAGCUGAUUGAGGGGUUCGAAUCGAUUUCAGCCACGCUUGAAAUCAAAGAGGUCGGUCAGUCAGGUCACCAUGCAGCGGCCGGACAAGUGCUCCCCAAUAAAUAGUCUGGGUAUCCAUCAUGUUGUGCCGCAGGCUGUGGAUAUGUCGAGCAGCACAGCUGCCCGGUCGGUGAAUGUGCAUGUGGAUGAGGACGAGGUGACCCGACUCCUGGUGUCGCUGGUCAAGGUGGCCGACGAGAACGGCCUCAGGUUGCCGUCAGAGUUCAUUCUCUUACUCAAACAGGUCAAGUCGGUCACCUGACCUGACCCACUCACACACCACACCACACGACACACAUUCGCUGGUCCAGAGAGAGUGGGAAUGUAUGCUGUCUUGUUACCGAUCCAUCCAUCGACGGAUGUAUCUAUGGCUGUGUUUGUUCAGGCGUUGUACUUCAAUCGGUACAGUCGAUUGAUAGCGCCCGAGCUGGACUACCUGAGAGACGACAGGAUGAAGCUCCAGGACUUCCUGUAGCUAACUAACUACACUAGCUAGUGCAUGCACCAGCAGAUUCUGCGUUGAGUCGAUGACUCGCCGGGUGGCUAGUGUUUGUGUUGGUUGUGUGUGGACACACAUACGCGGCGACGUGUACAGUGAGUGUACAUAGACAGACAGAUGUUGAGCAGACGACAGCGUGCACAUGAUGUGUUGCAGACAGAGCUCAUGAAUCGCACGCAUAGCCUGUGUCGCCAAUCAAUGAGUACACGAG